GGUGAAGGAAACUGCAGCAGCAGUACUAUAGUCUAUUGUACAACAGGAUAAUACACACAUCUUCAAGAGACUCAGAGAAGAAACACCAAAGAGCUAAUUGAUCAUUAUUCAUGCCUGACAAGGAUAUGGAGCCAACAACAGAAUAUAACUAUUCCUCCUACUACGAUGAUACAGAAGGUGUAUAUAGAUCAGAGCCCUGCAACAAUGCCAAUGUGAAGGAGUUUGGACGGGUGUUUCUGCCUACACUCUACAGCCUGGUCUUCAUCGUGGGCUUCAUCGGUAAUGGCCUGGUGGUCUGUGUCCUGGUGAUGUUUAAUAGGGUCAGAAGCAUGACAGACCUCUGUCUCUUCAACCUGGCUCUGUCUGACCUUUUCUUCAUCAUCUCCCUGCCUUUCUGGUCCCACUACGCCACCGCAGCCAAGUGGCUCCUGGGGGACUUUAUGUGCCGACUGGUAACCGGACUAUACAUGCUUGGGUUUUAUGGCAGCAUCUUCUUCAUGGUGAUCUUGACAGUGGAUCGCUAUGUGGUCAUAGUCCACGCUCACACCAUGGCCAGGCCCAGAUCAGUCAGAGUAGGGGUCACUCUGUCUCUGUUCAUGUGGGCUCUCAGUCUCUGUGCCUCUCUGCCUACAAUCAUCUUCACCAAAGUAAAUAAUGAGUCUGGGCUUACAACAUGUAAACCAGAGUAUCCAGAGGGUAGCAUGUGGCGCCAGGUUUCUUAUUUAGAGAUGAAUGUCUUGGGUCUACUUCUCCCUCUCUCCGUCAUGGUGAUCUGUUAUUCCAGAAUUGUUCCGAUGUUAGUCAAUAUCAAAACCACCAAAAAGCACAAAGCCAUCAAACUGAUAAUCAUCAUAGUAGUGGUCUUUUUCUGCUUUUGGACCCCAUACAAUGUGGUCAUUCUCCUGCGUUAUCUGGAGACCCAGAGCUAUUUUGGGGACUGUACAACUCACACGAACAUAGACCUGGCAAUGCAGUGGACAGAGGUGAUAGCGUUCACACACUGUUGUUUGAAUCCGAUCAUCUAUGCCUUUGCAGGGCAGAAAUUCAUGAGUCUUGUCCUGAAGUUACUAAGAAAAUGGAUGCCAAUGUGCUUCGCCAGGCCUUAUGUUAGUGGGUUGUCUGAAAGAAAUAUCUCAGUCUAUUCCAGGUCUUCUGAAAUAUCAUCUACAAGACUGCUGUAGUUUGACUUGUAUCCAGGCACACUUCGAAUAUAAAAACUCUGAGAAGGGAAAAGACAGUAAAAGAUGUAAGGAAAAGGGGGAUUUCUUUGAAUGUGUGGCACUCAUUCCCCCCUAACUGUGAAUAUAUGCUUACAUUAGAUACUGUAGAUAUCAGUUGCUCUUUUGUAUCUUUACAUGCUCCAAUUCCUUUGUUGAUAGAUACCUUUAAAGAGUGUUAGUUGUGUCCUCAUGUGGUAUUGUGUGAAGUGCGGAAAAAAAGUAAAGAAAUUGACAGUAUGUACAGUGCAUUCGGAAAGUAUUCAGACCCCUUCCCUUUUUCCAAAUGUUGUUACUUUACAGCCUUAUUCUAAAAUGUAUUCAAUUAAGUGUUUUUAACAUCAACACCUCAUCAAUCUACAUACAAUAUCCAAUAAUGACGAAGUGAAAACAUGUCUUUAGACAUUUUGGCCACCUGGCCAAACUGAGCAAUUGAGGGAGAAGGGCAUUGGUCCGAGAGGUGACCAAGAACCCGAUGGUCACCCUGACAGAGCUCCAGAGUUCCUCUGUGGAGAUAGAAGAAUCUUCCAGAAGAGCAACCAUCUCUGCAGCACUAAACCAAUCAGGCCUUUAUAGUAGAGUGGCUAAACGGAAGCCUCUCCUCAGUAAAAUGCACAUGACAGUUUUCCACUUGGAGUUUUCCAAAAGGCACCUAAAGGACUCUCGGUCCAUGAGAAACAAGAUUCUCUGGUCUGAUGAAACCAAGAUUGAACUCUUUGGCCUGAAUGCCAAGCGUCACGUCUGGAGGAAACGUGGCACCAUCCCUACGGUGAAGCAUGGUGGUGGCGGUAUCAUGCUGUGGGGAUGUUUUUCAGCGGCAGGGACUGGGAGACUAGUCAGGAUCGAGGGAAAGAUCAACGGAGUACAGAGAGAUCCUUGAUGAAAACCGUCUCCAGAGCGCUCAGGACCUCAUACUGAGGUGAAGGUUCACCUUCCAACAGGACAAUAACCCUAAGCACACAGCCAAGAAAAUGCUGGAGUGGCUUCGGGACAAGUCUCUGAAUGUCCCUGAGUGACCCAGCCAGCGCCCGGACUUGAACCUGAUCUAACAUCUCUGGAGAGACCUGAAAAUAGUUGUGCGCAAUGCUCCUAUCCAACCUGACAGAGUUUGAGAGGAUCUGCAGAGAAGAAUGGGAGAAACUCCCCAAAUACAGGUAUGCCAAGCUUGUAGCGUCAUACCCAAGAAGACUCAAGGCUGUAAUCGAUGCCAAUGGUGCUUCAACAAAGUACUGAGUAAAGGGUCUGAAUACUUAUGUAAAUGUGAUAUUUCAGUUUUUAGCUUUUUUCAAUUUGCAAUAAAAAACAGUUUUUACUUUUAUUGUGUGUAGAUUGAUUAGGGGGAAAACUAUUGAAUCAAUAUUAGAAUAAGGCUGUAAUGUUAAAAAAAUGUGGAAAAAUUCAAGGGGUCUGAAUACUUUCCGAAUACGCUGCACAUAUAGUUAUAUCUUUUUUUUAAUUUAAAGAUUGAUUCACCCUUUUUCCUUCAUUUUUGAGUUUGCAUGUUAUAGCUUUUUUCUUCUAAGAAUGUGACAGAAACCUGACUGGGGCAUUUGCUUUUUAACAAGCUAAUAAAUGUCACAACACUGCUGUCUGUUUAAAAAAAACACAAAUAAAAAAAGCUGAUACUGCUGUUUUGUAAAUAGACAACACAAUAGGACGUGGCAUGAAACUUAUAUACUGUAUACAUGACUGUCUAGGAUUUGUGAUUACCUUGUCUUCAUUUUUACCUUGUCUUCAAUAACAUGUUUUCUUUUUUAUUUCAAACCACACUUUUGAUAGUUUGUUCAUGGUAUAAGAUAUUCUGUAUGUAAUGGGCAUUUAGACAAUCUUGUUCAGUGACAUUUCCCACCUGUACCUUUACUUGAUGUUGACUUAUUCAGCUUGGUCUACAUGCACAGAGAUACAUCAAUUCACACCAAAACAACUUAAACAACACAGGGACAUAGCCUUGACAUAGCUUACAUGAAAUAAGGAAGUGAUGGCCAGCCACUUCUCGUUAAACCACAGAAAAUGCGUUGUUGAACGAAUCUUUCUAGGAAACACGUAUUGUCAAACCUCAUCUAAUAUGGAAGCAAACUAUUGUAAGAUAAGCACAAGAGGCUGGAAAAAGCCCAAAGCAGUGCCCCUAAAUCAUGUAAAAGAUGAAGUGCCUUGCUCAAGGGCACAACGGCCGCACAUGAUGUUCUGAUGCCAGCAACUCUGUGGCUGCCGGCACAGUCACACCAAAUUUCCCCAUCAGCCCUGAAAUUCAAACCGGCAACACUUCGGUUACCAGCCUACUCCUUCUUCUACUACAGACAUAACCCACACAAGGACUACUUCUAUGAAUAAAAGUUACGGAAUUUACUUUCUAA